GAAGCGAUCUGAAUUCCCAGUGUUCCUCGAUUCGGUAUCGUUUGCUGAGUUGUUGUGCGAAAUCGAUACGUUCAUAUUCGAUGCAGAUGGUGUUUUAUGGCUUGACAGUACGCCUAUUGUUGGUUCAGCUGAAUUCCUAGAAUUUCUUAUUGAGCAUGGUAAGCAAAUCUUGGUAUUAACAAACAAUUCGAAUAAAUCACGGUCUGCAUUAUUAUCAAAAAUGCAACAUAUGCGAGGGUUUGGUGCAGAUAAUCGUAAGGUGUAUUUGAUUGGUUCGAAAGGGUUUGCCGAGCAACUCGACGAUGCCGGAAUUGAGCACUUUGGUUGUGGACCUGAUCCAGCGUACGCUGGGAAUAUUGAUGAUGAUAACUUUUUGAGUAAAGAUGCAUUCGUGUACCGCGUCGGUUUUGACGAUCCGUUAACGAAAGUUGGUGCAGUUGUAGUUGGUUUUGAGAAGCAUUUCAGUUAUGUUAAACUGAUGCGUGCUGCGAACUUUCUGCAGGAUGAGGAGUGUCUUUUCCUGGGUACAAAUGAAGAUGAGACCAGUCCCGGUCCACAUCCGAAGAUGAUAAUUCCAGAUGCUGGUCCAAUUAUAGCUGCAGUCAAGACGGCU